AUGGCUAAUGAUGGAAAAAUACUCGACGAGCUGCACUUUCUUUCACGGAAAAUCCAAUCGCUGGAAAAAAAGCUUGAAACUAGUCUGGCGAUUCAAGAAGAUUUGGCAGCCAGUCUACUCACUGAAGACAGCUCUUCUUGCGCAACAUCGGCUAUCAUGGCGAGUAGAAAGUUUGAUAGAAGAAAUGCCUUUGGUUCAAGUUGUUCAGAACCAUUUUCUAGCGAUGACGAUCAUGAUGGUGAGGAUUUUGAUGGAACGGCUGAAGAUGAAGGCAAGGAGCUACAACGCUCGUAUCUGAUCAUUCCGGUCGGUUCCUACAAAGAUAAGGAAUCCCACACGUUUCCGUCAAAAAAACAAACCUUCACGUGGUCAGAAAUGGAUGACAAUGCGUGUAAGUACAUUAGUGAAAGCGCAUUGAAUGGCGAUAAAGAGAUAGUGAAUAAUCCGGAUGUAAAUGAUAGCGAUAGUAACAAAUCAAAUAUUUCUAAUACACCGGUAUCAUCCACAAAUCGAGCUUCACCGCUGAGCCAAAGUAGAUUUGUAGCGAGUGAAAGACAAAUGUGUACUCAAUGGAAUAGAAAUGACUCUGAGACAAUGAAUUUAGAAGAUUGUUUACUCAACUCAAGAGGAUCGCAUUCCAUUGCUUAUGAACCUUUUGAGGAGCAAAAUAGGAUCGCAGGAGCAUUCGACAUAGAAUACGAUGAAGACAAGAAAAUUAUAUCAAACGAGCCCAAUACAACUUCGUCUUCAAGCUGCAGAUAUGGACUCACGAUUGGCAUAGCAACGGCAAAGGGUUCAUCUCAGGGCACUGUGCUAAAUGGCGAAAACUCAUCAAGAGAAGCCCCUAAUCGCGAUGAUAGAUACCUAGGAAAUUCUGAAAGACUUGAAAGAGGUGUUAAAGAUGAAGAAUUAAAGGAACAACGAGCAGUUACUGUGCAGUUAAGGCCUUUGUUGCAAAAAUCAAAAGCACAGUCAAUAUAUUCUUCCGACGAGGUAACGUUUGAUGGAAUUUGUAAUGACUCUUCAAAGUCAAUGUACUGUGACGAUGUACUCACGGAGAACAAACAGGGGUCGAAUGAUCAAUCACCUGAGAUCAGCAAUUAUUAUAAAGAAAAAGACAAGCAACUUUCUUUUAACGAAAUUUGUGUUGACUUUGGGUCAACAGAAGGUGACCAAACGAAUUACAAUUUUGUUGAUAUGUAUAUCCAAGAUGUAAUCUCUUCUGAAAGGAAUCCAGUCUCAUUAAAUGCAAAUCCCGAUAUAUACACAUCUCCGAUAAACAUGGUAUCAGGCAAACAGCGAGUAUUGACGGAUUAUCCACUACUCGCCAAGAAUGGAAAGUACGAAAGUAAUGUUUAUUUAACAGACAGAAUGAAACCUUACCAGAAAGGAACUCAACGUUUUGUACAGGACGAAAUUAAUUAUGACACUGAGGGCAAAGAAGUCAUUAAGAUGCAAAUGAUUCAUAUGUCACGGAUACAAAGAGAUUAUGGUCCCGAUUCCAAGCUGAUUGACGAUGAAAGACCGUCUGCACACAGAGAACACAACGGAGAAAAACAUAGCGUAGCUCGAAAUCACUUUAUGUCAAGAAACGUAAACAUGAACAAUGUGUCAUUUGGGGUAAACGAAGCAAAACCUUCAUCCCAGUAUGUCAAUAGUCAUAUUUCACAGUUCGCUGAUCGUGUUUAUGGAAUUAUUGGUUAUAACAAUGACUACAAAACAAGUGAUGCUGAUAGUAGAGAAGCAACCGGCGGCUACAAAUUACAGCCGAAAGUCUCUCCAAAUCAUCCCCGUUUUGAGCAAGUUGCCCAAAGCCCAGAUGGUAGACCACACAUGAAUCCUAGAAAAGAUGGAUUGCAGACAAGGGAAACGCGUUCUGAAAUGAAAUUGGAUGACAGAGGAUUAUGCGGUGACUUUCAAUCUAAAUUUCCCUUGGACACGGACACUUUAACAGAAAGCGGGUUUUCCGAAACAUUGCUGUCUGCGAUAAGUGAUGACGUGUUUUUUCCUGCAACGCCAAACCCACAUUCAGAGAACAAACCUCUUUCAAAACCUAUUAACCUUGAUCGCACUUCAAAUAUUGAGUCAUCUGAAUCAGAAAGCCCUUAUUCUUCGCUUACAAGUGUCAGUUCUCACAGCGAACAAAUGUACCACGGCAAGCUCGGCAGUGAUUCUAUUCAUCGUUUUCCCGGGUUUGAAGAUAGGACGCGAUUUGUUGAUCCGGCCUCGCCAAUUUCAUUUUUGGAGAAAAAGGAGAAGCGCUCUACUGUCCAGACACACAUAAGGGACAAUGAUUCCACAUCGGACAGCGAAAACCAUAUGCGUAGUUUCAGGCUGUCCCCUUUACCAAGACCUGUCUACGCCCCGACUCUCCACGAACCCUUUCUGAGAGACUCAGAUAUCGUUCAACGGGAAUACGCUGCUGGGCCAAGAAGAGUGGCAUCGCCAACUUCAAGUGUAGAAACCAGUGAUCUCUCAAUGACUGAUAGUAUUUGUGGAUUCCAGUACCAGUGUGAAUGCCAGACAGGGAUCCCAGCGGUUGAAGAUUUUAGAGAUGAAUUGAAAGCCAUUUCCAAAUAUGUCUUGAACGCUCGAAGAGAGUCUUCAUCCACCUACAGAAAGCCUCGAGAGAAAUAUUUCUUAGAUGAAGAGCAGGAUGAGAUGGGCAUAUUUGAUACGCACCUUCAAAUGAAAGAGAACGAUGCCGUUCCAAUGCUUGUAAGAGUCAUUGUAAGACUUCGAAAGCACUUCUUUGGAACUAUACAGUCCCAAACCAUUUACAAGGUAAAAAAUCAUCAUGAUAGUGAUAUUAAUAACAACGAAACAUUACAAGAGAAGCAGCGAGGCCGAAGGAUCUCCUUCUCUCCUUCUGCCAUGCUUCUGAGCGCAAUCGGUGAAAACUCAGCGGAGGAAGUGAGAGAGGUUAUUGAAAAAGAGAAUAUAGACGUUAAUCAAAUAAGUCCCAGUGGUCGCUCGUUGUUGCACAAGGCGGCAGCCGCUGGAGACCUCGAAAGCAUUCACACACUCGUUCAAUAUGGUGCUCUGGUUAAUAUACAAGAUCAAGAUGGUUUUCCACCGAUUCAUUCGGCGCUUAGAAAAGCUCAUUUCAAGUGUGCCAUUUUGCUCAUUGAGUAUGGAACGGACGUGGGGCGUUACACCUCUGAACGUGUUCGAGAAUUUUUGGAAAUUAAAGACAUGACGCGAGGACACUUGCCUGCCCUUCUAAAGACCAACUUGUGA